UAAAUGGCAGGCUUGGUAUUUGAACCCAGGCAAUCCGACCCAGCCUUUGCCUGAAGUCCCGGCCAUCAUCACUCUCAUUGAUUGUCAGUUCAGGCAGGGGUCAUUCUCCCUUUUCUGCAGACGGGAAAACUGAGGCUGAAGAGGUGGAGAGCAGAGGCAGGUCUUGAAACCUUGUGGGGUGCCACGAGGGCCAGCUCUCCCCCCUUCCCCCACUGACAUCAGACAUCUCCUUGAGGUACUGCCAUCCCCAGGAAGUGCUGCAGGAGCUGGGGAGUGAAAGCAAGAAGUGUUUUGAGCCCAGAGACCAGAGGAAGCAAGAGGCUGCAGUGAAAGAAGAAGUGAAGUGAGAGCGUGUUGUGUUGUGUCGUGUGGGGGCAAGGAGAGCAGAGAGAAGGGGAGGACUGAGAGCCCGUGCCGAGCACUGAGGGGAGCAGAGAGGAGGCGGCCGGCAGAGACAUCCAAGUUCCCUUUUGUUCUGUGGACCGGAGCUGGGAGCCCGUGGCAACAGCACAGCAGCAGCGGCUUCACAGAUAGAGGCUUACUCUUCCGUAGAGCAACCCAACCAUCUUUGGGAGCCUGUGGCACACAGCACUGGACUUGGAGCCUGGGGCCCUGGGUUUGAGUCCUGGCUUGACCACGGGACUGCCGUCACCUCCCAGGCAAACUCCUAUGUGGUUUCCAGUUUCCCCACAGUCAACUGGAACCGUCUUGGACCUCAGGUUGGAAACUAGUUUUUGGAAGAGACUGGGAACAGGACAUGGAUGACCAUAGGGUCUUUUUCCUCUGCCUGUGCCUCAUGAUUGCUCACAGUGAUACAGUGGAGGAGUCCCAAGAACCCCUGAGCUGGAUGGAGAACCUGGAGACGAUGUCCAGGAGCCGCAAUGGGACUUCGCUUCGUGGUCAGCAGAAAAAAUCCAGAAAAAUCUUCCUGAAGGAGGUGUCCAAAGACCUGGACCUGAAUCAGGAGAUGUGGAUGAGUGGGGUGGAGAGGCUUAUCCGGGGCCUGGAGUGCAGCCUGUUGAACACCAGCUUCGAGGGCAAGAACCUUACCUUGCAGACGCACAGCAUCCAGACACUGGCCUUCAAGCUGGGCUGUGACUUCACUGGCCUCGCACUGAGCAGUGCGACUCUGGAGCGGGUCCCCCAGGCCUCGGUGCCGCACGCCAUGCAGUUCCCGGCAGAGCUGACCCAGAAUGCCUGCAGGACCCGCCCCAGGGAGCUGCGCCUCAUCUGCAUUUACUUCUUCACUGACUACUUUUUCCAGAGUAUCAACUCAUCUUUGCUCAAUAACUAUGUCCUGGGAGCCCAGCUGAGUCACGGACACGUGAACAACCUCAGUGAGCCGAUCAACAUCAGCUUCUGGCACAACCGAAGCCUGGAAGGCUACACAGCUACCUGUGUCUUUUGGAAAGAAGGAGCCAGCAAGGAUCACUGGGGGGUCUGGAGCCCCGAGGGCUGUCGCACAGAGCAGCCGUCACCUUCCCAGGUGCUCUGCCGCUGCAACCACCUCAGCUACUUUGCUGUUCUCAUGCAACUCUCCCCGGCCCCGAUCCCCGCAGAGCUGCUGGCGCCUCUUACGUACAUCUCCCUGGUGGGCUGCAGCAUCUCCGUCGUGGCCUCGCUUCUCACUAUCCUGCUGCACUUCCAAGCCAGGAAGCAGGGUGACUCCACAACACACAUCCACAUGAACCUGCAUGCGUCUGUGCUGCUCCUGAACGUCGCCUUCCUGCUGAGUCCUGUGCUGGCCAGGGCCGGGGCAGCAUGCACAGCACUGGCGGCCAUCCUGCACUUUGCGCUGCUCAGCUGCCUCACCUGGAUGGCCAUCGAAGGCUUCAACCUCUACCUCCUCCUCGUGCGCGUCUACAACAUCUACAUCCGCCGAUAUAUGCUCAAGCUGUGUGCAGUGGGUUGGGGGGUCCCAGCCCUCCUGGUGCUGCUCCUUCUUGUUGACCAGAAUUCAGUGUAUGGACCCCACACAAUCCCACUCUUCGACAGCCGGGGAAAUGGCACGGGUUUCCAGAACAAUUCCAUAUGCUGGGUGCGGAGCCCCUGGGUGCACAACAUCUUGGUCAUGGGCUAUGGUGGCCUCACAUCCCUUUUCAACCUGGUGGUGCUGGCUUGGGCGCUGCGGGCCGUGCGCAGGCUGCGGGCGCAGGAGAAGGUGCCGGGCACCCGGGCCUGCCGAGAUAGCGUCACCGUGCUGGGCCUCACCAUGCUGCUGGGCACCACCUGGGCCUUGGCUUUCUUCUCCUUUGGUGUCUUCCUGCUGCCCCAGCUCUUCCUCUUCACCAUCUUCAACUCGCUGUACGGUUUCUUCCUCUUCCUGUGGUUCUGCUCCCAGAGGUGCCGCUCAGAGGCAGAAGUGGAGGCAGAGAUGGAGGCGUUCAGCUCCUCCCAGACGAUGCCGUAGUCUGGGCCCGCUGGCCCAGAACCCGUAGCCUCUCUGGCUGCCUGCAGCCCGAGACUCUGGCUCCCACCAGAGAAGGUGGCAGGCCAGCUGCUGGACACCAGAAGCCCCUGUGCCCUCCAGGGAGGCUUCCCUACCUCCAUGGCUUCCCCGGGCCCAGAGGGCAGGGCAUUCUGCCCCGGGACAGGUGCAACCCCGCUGGGGGUCAGCAAACUUUACUGGGGUGCCUGGGCCCAGGGUACCUGGUCAGGCCCAUGGGCAGAGCACUGGCUUGGGAGUCAGGAGGCCAUAUUUCAAGGCUUGGCUCCGAGUCUUACUGUAUGACCUUGGGCCUGUCAUCUCCCUGACCCUGGAUUCCACAUCUGUGACAUGGGGCAGAUGGCUUCGGUCCUGCCUAGCCCAAGAGCUUUGUGAAGACCGAGUAAAGCCAGGGAAGAAGGUCUUAGUGGGCCCCGUUACUUCCAACUGCCUGCUGGGGGCGGGGUCUCUGCCAAUCUGCCCUGGAUAUUUCCUGCUGGGCCCUGCCACCUUCCCUCUGGGGAGGGCCAGACCACAUCUUGGCCCAGGGUCCCCAGCCCAGAGCUGAGUCUCACCCAGUGUCUGAGACCUCACCAGCUUAUGCCUGAGGCUGCUUUUCCUUCAGUCCCCCCAAAUUAUGAUGACCCACAACUCCAGGCCUGUUCUUAAAGAUCGGGAAGUCCAGUCCUUCCCAGAAGCUCCUCCUCCAGUGCUCCCAAGACCCCUAUAGGCCAUGUAGAACAGAAGCUGGCGAUAGGGCUUCCUGGGGAUAGGAGGGCAGAGCCUCUUUCCCCUCCACCUGAGCCAGCUGGGCCUGUGACCUGGGUAUUUGAUGAUCGGUUAGGAUCGAAUUUCCCCUGGUAGGCGUGAGGGUAUGGAUUCUAAACCCAAGCUAAGGCCACAGUUGUAGAGACCUACCUUGACCUAUCCGUCAGACCAAGAGGGAGAGGGCUCACGAAGCCAGCUGCAUUCCCAGGAUGCACACCAGAGGGCGCUGUUGGCCUGUGCUCAGAGGCCGUUGGCUCCAAAAUCCAUCUGGAAAUGUCACCUGUCUGUGGACUUGACACACGAGCUGCAGAGGCCCUGCUUCCAGAACUGCUCCUGCUGAGGGACCAAAGAAAGA